CCGUAUCACUCCCCUCCUCCUCCUCCCCCUCGCCCUCUCCACCACCACUCUCCCUCCCGAUGCUCUCCUCGGCCUUCCCCCGGCUCGUCUCCCGGGCUUCGGCUCGCGCAUCGCCCGUCCAGGCCUUUGCCAAGGGCGCCCGCUUCAACUCUAGCUUUGCGCGUCCCCAGGCUACUGGCCAGCGUGUCGCCGCUGCCGGUGCCGCUGCCGUCGCUGUCGGUGCCACCGCCUGGUACACCCACCUCUACGGCGUCCCAUUCCUGCCCGAGGCGUCGGCCAACACUGCCGCCGAGGUCGGUCUCCACCCCGCCGAGCACCCCUGGCCCAACAAGGGCUGGCUCGAGACCUUUGACCACGCCUCGAUCCGCCGUGGUUACCUCGUCUACCGCGAGGUCUGCGCUGCCUGCCACUCGCUCGACCGCAUUGCCUGGCGUAACCUCGUCGGUGUCUCGCACACCGUCGACGAGGCCAAGGCCCUCGCCGAGGAGGUCGAGUACACUGACGGCCCCAACGACGCUGGCGAGAUGUUCGAGCGCCCCGGUAAGCUCGCCGACUACAUGCCCGCUCCCUACCCCAACGAGGAGGCUGCUCGUGCCGCCAACAACGGUGGUCUCCCCCCUGACCUUUCGCUCAUUGUCAAGGCCCGCCACGGUGGUGCUGACUACAUCUACUCGCUCCUUACCGGCUACGUUGAGCCCCCUCCCGGUGUCACCGUUGCCGAGGGCAUGAACUACAACCCCUACUUCCCCGGCGGUGCCAUCGCUAUGGCCCGUACCCUCUUCGACGGCGUUGUCGAGUACGAUGACGGCACCCCGGCCACCACCUCGCAGAUGGCCAAGGACGUCACCCAGUUCCUCAACUGGGCCGCCGAGCCCGAGCACGACGAGCGCAAGAAGAUGGGUCUCCAGGCCGUCAUCAUCAUCUCGACCCUUACGGCGCUGAGUCUCGUAAUCAAACGUGCUAAGUGGGCGGGCUUGAAGAGCCGCAAGAUUGUGUACCACCCUCCCAAGCACUAGCCAUAGAAAAAGGUCCUCGUCGUCGUCGCGGACAUGCAAACUUAUCGGACGACAAGGUGGAGGUAGUGCCACAGUGCCACAGUGCCACAUUUGGGUCUGUGCGUUUCAGGGUCCAAUGGGUCUGUGCGUUUUUCAUUUUCGGGGCUGGUCGCCUGGCUGGGCGCUAUGCAAGGUGCGUCGAGUGGAGAUGGACCAGCUUGUGUAUUGCUGGCCUUUGCUGGGUUGAGAGAGAUGAUCAUGGGAGAGUUGAAGUCAUGUCAGGGCUGGCACGACGUCGGUGCCGUUUACGUUGAUCGUCAUUGGUGGGCCUUCGGGUUCCCUCGGAACUCCACCCAACGUCAUGUCCCGGAACCAAACCCGACGCGACUGG